AUUAGAAGAUUUGGCAAAACAAAGAGAUCAUAGAUACAAGAAAAUUGGAAUGGAGGUUGUGCCAUUCGGCCAGCUAAAAAGGCGAAUGUUCCUUCAAAAUUCUCAAGCACAAGCAUUGUGCAAUUAAUGAUUCACAUUGUUUAAAGAUCGCAACUUCGAAGUUAAUAAGCAUGAAUCCGCCCACGAUAGACUUCAAGGUGGAUCUCAAUUCAGAGAGGGUUGAAGAAGAGAAAAUGGAAGGGGGUUCUAUGCUUUAUUGUGAUCUUUGUGAUACAGAAGUAGUUUACAAGUUGGCGCAAAUGUUGCUUCCAGGGCUAGCAACUUCCUGUGUUGAUAGCACAGCUGGGAGCUUCAAGACUCCUGGUUCAGUGGCUGUUGAUUUGAGAAAGGAAAUGAUAAUCUAUAUUACGCAGAGAAGCGAAACGUUUGUCGCUGAGUCUAUUGUCUUGGAUGGUGGUCCUAAUGGUGAAGAAUCGGAUCAUCCUUUUGAUAUCAUUUCUAACUUUGUUGAUGACUUUGCUAUUUCAAAGAGGAAUUUAUUUACCCGGGUUUCUGGAUUGCUACUCACUGAUAUGAGAGAAGACAAGAUUGAUGAUUUCAUGCAGGAGAUGGAACUGACUGGUUUUUGGCCACUGGAAAGAAGAGAAACGAUUGCAGAGGCGAUUCUAAAGAAUGUUGACAUCAAGAAUGAAUUUCAUUGUGCUAUGAAGUUCAGAUCUGUAGAUGAUCUUGCUGUUCAUGCUUUCCAUUGUAACUUCAGACCUCUAUUCUGCGAAAAUGAGGGAUGCAAUGCAAGGUUAAUUGCAAAACAUUUGGAAAAGCAUGACUCAAUUUGUCCUUUCAAAAUAAUUCCAUGUGAGCAGAAGUGUUCAGAUAGCAUUAUGAGGCGUGCAAUGGACAGACACUGUAUCACUGUUUGUCCCAUGAAGCUUGUAGAUUGUCCAUUUCAUUCGUUAGGUUGUCGAUCUGCUAUAGCACAAUGUGUGAUCGAAAAGCACUGCGCAGAUGAUGUUCGUUCUCACUUGUGGCACUUGCUUAAAGGCAUGUACAAGCAAGCAUCUGGGGAAGAUCUUCAAAGACGGGUACAGCAAAUUGUACAGGCAUCACCAGGCAGCAGGUUAGCAGAGGCCCGGGAUGUGAGAUCUCUAAACUUUGUUGUCAAGGAUAUUGAAGCUAAGCUAGGGCCUUUUGAGUUGGGUUCUGCGAAAAAAAAUAGCACAGAGACUCUCACCAAAAACAAUGGUGGGAAAAAUGUUGCCACCAAUGCAAACGGCAGUGAAGAAAGCUCAAAGACUCCAGAUUUGAUAAAUUCAUCACAUCAAGCUGAAGUCAGUGCUGAGAAGAAAAAUAGUGUAGAGACUAUCGCUAAUAACAACAAUGGGGGAAAUAGUGUUGCCAAUGCAAAGGGCAGUGGAGAGAGCACAAAGGCUCCAGAUAUGGGAAAUUCAUCCAAUAAAGCUGAACGGAGUUUUGAGAAGAAAAAUAUCGCAGAGACUGUUGCCGAAUACGACGAUGGGAGAAGUAGUGUUACCAAUACAAAUGGCAGUGAAGAGAGCACAAAUGCUCUACAUAUGGUAAAUUUAUAUACAACUGAAGUGAGUGCUGAUAAAAAAGAUAGCUUAGAUAUUACAACCAAUGAGAAGGGCAGUGAAGAGAGCACAGAGGCUUUAGAUAUGGUAGAUUUACUAGAAAAAGUUGAAGCGCGCGGUAUCAUCCAUAUGGAUAGUUCAGAGAAUACUGAGAACAAAGAUGGCAAACAUAGUCACAUUGAAAGCAGGAAGAGCAACGAGAGGGAAACGAUUCACAUUGAAAGCAAUGGCAGCGAAGAAAGAACACAGAGUUGCAUUGAAAGCAAGAGCAACGAAGUUGAUAAACAGAAUCCAAUUAUGGCUAGUUUAUCAAAUGAAGAUGAAACUAGCCUUAUGAACAUGGACGGUGUGCAGAUGUACAUCAAAACCAAAGAUGGUGAAGGUAAUGGUGAAUAUAAAUUCAAGGGCAAUGAGGAGAGCACCCAGACAAAUAUGAAAAAUUUAUCAGACAAAGGAGAAAUUAGUGCCGCAAAUGAGGACAGUGCAGAGAAUAGCACCGUAAAUAAACAUAUUGGAUCUAAUAGCUUUGAAGAUGAAGAUAAUGAACAAAGGAUACAGAAUCCAAAAAUGGAAACUAACUCUAAUGCACAGCACAAUGUUAACAACAAAGAUAUCGACGAUGAAGAUUUAGAAGAAAAACUACAACUUCAAGCUUCAAAAGUUCAACAUUUAUCUGAUAAAGCUCAUGUCAUGGAUGAUAAAGGAUAUGCUAUGGAGAGUGAUGUCAGUGAAAGGCUGAUAUACAACCUAUUUUUGAGCUAUUUUUUCUUGCAGAAUUAA